AUGUCAGCGCUAGCGGUAAAUAGCACACCUUUCCACGUUCUUCUCUACGACAUUGGGAAAGAGUUAAAGCUUAGCGAUGUCCGUUACAUGAAGUAUUUACUACAAGGACACAUAAAUAAGGAGACAUUGGAGCAUCUCGACUCGGGACAGGAGCUCACGGAGCUGCUCAGGAAGAGAGGUUUGGUGUCCGAGAAGAAAUUCGCGUUUAUGAGAAAACUUCUGAUAGAAGCUAAGUGUUUGAAACAAGUUCACUUAGUGGAUGAGUUCAGGGAAAAAUUUACUUCUGUGACAAUUAUUGGUGAGCGGCAACAGAGUGAACGAGCCUCCAGACUGAACAACAGACGGGAGACUUUACUACGGAUGAUCGAAAAUGUGGAGAAUGAAAUAAGAACGUGCGAGGACGCAGAUGUAGAAAUCUCCAAUCAGAUCAAAGAAUUUGAGGUACAAAUCCUGGCAAACAACGAAAGUAUGGUCAUCCUUGAGGAGACAAUUCAAAAUUUGAAAAGCAAGAUAGUCAAGUACGAGAGUGAUAUAGAAUCAUUUGAAAGAAAAUUAGAAACGGUUCGAUUCUUCUUGAAAAAGAAACAAGUUGAAGUGGACAAAAUCAAACAGAAAUUGGACGAAAACCACAGCAGUUCGACGAUUAAAAAAGAACUAAAGGAGAAGCAAGAGGAAUACGAAAAGACAAAAAGAGAGGAGGAUGAGCUCAUCGCAAAACAUCAGAAUGCUCUGGACUUGAUAAGGACUACUCAUGUAGAGAUCAGACACAAAACACAAGACUUAAUUGUUCUAGAGGAUAACAUUCACGACUCUUUGAUGCAAGUACGCGCUCUCAAGCAAAGCACCAGGAAAAAUCAACGAUCUUUGGCGGAUUUACAAGAAAAGCUCGAGAGUCUUUCGCUUGAAUUGGAAGAUACACGACGAAUGAAACCGCUGACACCUUUCUCAAGACCAGCGACUAGAGCGUGUCAGUGUCCCUUGAAUGGUAACCGUGGUAACGCAGUGAAUGAGACGGCACACUUGACAAGGAGACUGGAAUAUAAGGUUCUGGACUACGGCGAAAUUUCUGAACGAGAAUCAAAUGUGAUUGGUCGAAAAGGGAAACGCGUAUAUCCUCCUCAGUUCCAGUCUCCCACUAGCGUGGCUGUCGACCGAACUCAAGGAUAUAUUUACGUCGCUGAUUAUGGCAACGGGCGUAUUCAAAUUCUAGACGUGAGCGGUGACAUUGCGCGGGAGCCAUUAAUUCUGGGCGGGAAAAGCCGACCAAUCGCCUUGGCAGUCAGUCUGCGAGGAGAUCUGGUGAUGACUGACUCACAGAUAUUACGCGUGUUUAGCAAAACAGGUGAACUUCUUCGUCCAGUUUUGCCUAUCUACAGCAAGAAUGACAAACGACCGGAGCUUAGCGCAGUGGCAUUUGACAUUCAAGGAAAUAUCUACGCAGCUGAUAAAGCAAACCACAGAAUUCAAAAAUUCACUUUUAAUGGGAGUUUCCUUUGUUUCAUUGGAGGACUUCAUGACCUGCAUUGCCCCAUGGGCAUUACAGUUAAAAGAAACGGUGAUGUCAUUGUGUCGGAAUACGAAAAUCAUCGCCUGAAAAUCUUCAGCCAAGAGAGCCUGGGGGAGAGUACAACUAUUGGUGUGCAGGGGGUGGGAGCGGGAAAGUUUGCUUGCCCAAGAGGGGUCGCACUUGAUCAUAAUAACAAUAUUUUCGUAGCAGACAGUCGAAAUCAUAGAAUCCAGGCAAUUACUUUGUCAGGUGAGCCCCUUGGGUCGUUCGGAACGAUCGGUUUGGAUCCGGGAUGUCUUGAUACCCCGUAUGAUAUUGCCCUUGAUACCGCAGGAAAUAUAAUUGUAGCGGAUACGAAGAAUCACAGAUUACAGGUUUUUACGCGCCUCGUACCUGUGUACGCUGAGCCUGCAAUGCAUGAUGAGGAACACGAGGAAGAAGCUGCGAUCGAGGACGAGGAGAGACUGGAACUAGCCGGAGGUGAAUUCGAAAUUCCAGGAAGCGAUUUAGCUAAAGAAUUACAAAAUAAUACAAGUGAUGUCAACACAACGGAAAAUUUCAAAAGCGACAUAAUUAAAGAAAAAAAUGGUAAAGACGAGAAGGACAAAGAAAGACCUCUUAGCACGCAAGAGAUCUCUAACAUCACAGAGAAUGGUACCAUUCAAGCGUUAAAAGAAAAACCAAAAGAAUUUUCUACGGAUGAUCAAGAAUUUGAUGUUAACAGUUACUGAAAGAUAAUCAAAG